AACCUUGUGCGCCUAGGGAAGCAGGGUCCGGGUGCGAGUGCGAGGAACAUAAGCUGUGUGUAUCCUCCCUAUUUGGGGGGCAUAGUUUUUCGUUCAGACCAGAGUGAUUUCUUGUGUGUGGUGUUAAGCGCAAUAAUUAAUGUAUGGAUGUUCGAUAAUAGUGUGAAAUUGUAAACCCAUCUGGCGGAGAGUAAAAGGAUUUUGUGAAGAAGGUGAAAGUGUUUCCCGAUCGAGACAACAACCAAGAGUCGCACGAAGAAAAGUGUGUAUGAAAUAGAAGUGAUAAAUCGAAGAAAGUGCAAUCCAAUCGAGUGCGCCUAUAGGAGGAAGCCGUUCAAGAUGACGAGAAAAAAUACCAAACUGCUGAGCUUGAGUAUAUGUCUAGUCACGCUACUCGCUGUCGGUCUAAAUGGCGCCGAGCUGAAGGAUCGAGCCCGAUCGGCGCUUCUGCUGGAGAGAUCAAACCCGGGUAAUUCUCAGUGCAGAGUGGCACAGCCCCAGCCAUGUCCCCCGAGCAAGUUCCGGUCUGCCUCGGGCGAAUGCAACAACUUCAACCACCGCUACUGGGGCGCCCGGGGAGAUCCGUUCAUGCGGCUGCUGAAACCGGACUAUUCCGAUGGCUCCAUCAAGCCACGCACUUCGGUAGGAUCUCACGCUCUGCCAUCGCCGGACAGUAUCAUCGAACGGCUGCAACGUUCGAUACCGGUGGAUGCCGUGCAUCCUCAUGUAACCGCAAUGCUACCAGCGUGGGGUCAGCUGCUGGCCUACGAUCUGGUGCAGAUACUUUCGCCACAUUCCAGCUUCCGGUGCUGCCGAAACAAUACCUCCUCCAAUGUAGCAACCGACGAAAUAAUCCAGUGCUUCGUCCGCAUGGGUGACGGAUGCAAGGAAUACAAACGCUCGAUACCCUCGCAUGACCCGGCAACUUGCACGUUCGAGCAUCGCAACCAAAUGAACGCAGCCUCUGGAUUUUUGGACGGUUCGGGACUGUACGGAACGACCGAGAAGGAAAUUCUUGCUCUGAGAACGUUCACCGCCGGAAAGGUCGAUAUCAAAGCCUGCCUGAGAUGUAACGAGCCGGGAGCCAUCGGAGCGCUGCAUACGAUCCUGCUGAAGGAGCACAACCGAAUCGCGGAUGAACUGUCGAAGUUGAACGCGGACUGGAGUGACACUACACUGUUCUACGAGACUCGGCGGACGGUGAUCGCGCAGGUGCAACACAUCACCUACAACGAAUUUCUUCCGAUCGUGCUCGGAAGUCAGAUCUCCAACAGUCCCGAUAUAAGACUGGAGAACGGCAAACACUACAGUGGCUACUCAUCGGCGAAUCGUGGUGGCGUGUUCAAUGAAGUCGCGGUCGGUGCUGUUCCAGCCUUCCUCACGAUGCUUCCACCCGAUAUGUACAACGAAUCGGCAUCGGCUGAAAUUCUCAUUUCCAGCCCUGCCAUGCAACAAACUUUCAUCCCGGAUCAUGCCUCCUUCAACGAUGAAUGGACACCGAUUGCUCUAGCUAUCCAGCGUGGACGCGAUCAUGGUAUACCAUCGUACCACAAGGCUCUCAAUCUAUGUGAAAAACGUUUCGGAAUCCCGUAUGGGUCUAAGCUGACCUUCGAUGAUAUGGAAUACUUUGGGCUCUCGCCGAUCAAGAGGAAAACGCUGGAGAAUAUCUAUCAAGACGCUGAAGAUAUCGACCUUCUGGUUGGAAGCCUCUCGGAAACCCCCACACUAGGCACAGUCUUCGGACCAACGCUAACAUGUCUUUUCGCCAUCCAGUUCGCUAACCUCCGCAGUAGUGAUCGUUUCUGGUACGAGAACGAUCUACCCCCCUCGUCCUUAAGUUUACCCCAGCUUCAAGCCAUCCGUCGGGUGACACUUUCGGGUCUACUCUGCGAGGCCAAGGGAGUCGUCAGAGCUCAACCGAAGGCGUUCAUUCGCGAAGAUCCAUAUUUGAAUGCACGCCUGAACUGCGAUCAACUAUCGGGGCUUGAUGUGACCGCAUGGCGUACCGAAACCACGGAGGUUGUUGAUGAAGUUCUUGAUGAACAGAAGACAUCACCCCCGGAGAUCGCUGAUCUGGAUGCGGGCGUGAUCCAGCAGGCCAUCGAGAAAGCAAGAGGUCAAUUGAACGAACGCAAAAGGUUUGAGUACGAGUCCUGGAAGAAUAAGGGAGGGAUUGACGCCAAGUCCCCAGCUGGAACAGCUGCCUCAUUCAGCAAGGCCAACAAGAAUGCACUAAUCAUUGCGAACACUUCAUUGCUGUAUGAGCUGGCAUCGAACGAAAUUUUGAGCACAUUGCACUCUAUUCGUCGUCGUAAACGCCAGACCUUCGAUAACAAUCUUGGACUUUUUGGAGGAGACGAUUUCAACAACGCUCUCCAGACCAUUGACGUUAAUCAAUUUAUCACCGGAUCGAUUUCUCCGAUAAACCUUGAGCCACAAUGCGAAAACUUGGAUGCUCCAUGUGAUACCGUGACACCUUUCCGUACACUCACCGGCCAUUGCAAUAAUCUCCGCAGUCCAAACCUUGGACAAUCCCUAACCGUAUUCGCCCGUCUACUGCCCCCAGUAUAUGACGAUGGAAUCUCACAACCCCGCACUAUCGCUGUUUCCGGAAGUCCUCUCCCAAAUCCGCGAACAAUUUCUUCGCUGAUUCAUCCAGAUAUUUCCAAUCUUCACACACGCUACUCGCUGGUGGUGAUGCAAUACGCCCAAUUCCUAGAUCACGAUCUAACCAUGACGCCCAUCCACAAAGGAUUCCACGAAUCCAUCCCAAGCUGUCGGUCAUGUGAUUCCCCUCGCACUGUUCAUCCAGAGUGUAACCCCUUCCCAGUACCGCCUCGCGAUCACUACUACCCAGAACUUAACGUGACCAGCGGUGAACGUCUUUGCUUCCCAUUUAUGCGAUCGCUUCCAGGUCAGCAAACUCUCGGACCACGUGAACAGAUCAAUCAGAACACUGCCUUCCUCGACGCCUCCCAAAUAUAUGGUGAAAACGGUUGCGUUGGUAAGUCGCUGCGAGGCUUCUCCGGACGUUUGAACUCCACCAUUCACCCGCUUCGGGGAAAAGAACUGUUGCCGCAAACCCCCAUCCAUCCGGAGUGUAAAUCCCCAAGUGGUUACUGUUUCGCUGCCGGAGACGGUCGUGCCUCUGAACAGCCAGGUCUAACUACCAUUCAUACCAUAUUCAUGCGGGAACACAACCGCAUCGUUGAGGGACUACGUGGCGUGAACCCACACUGGAAUGGAGAUCAGCUUUACGAGAAUGCCCGGCGUAUUGUUAUCGCCCAAAACCAGCACAUCACUUACAACGAGUUCCUCCCGCGUAUCCUCAGCUGGAAUGCUGUCAACUUGUAUGGUCUUAAACUGUUGCCCCAGGGUUAUUACAAAGACUACAAUCCAACCUGCAAUCCAGCGAUUGUAACCGAGUUUGCAUCUGCUGCCUUCCGUAUCGGGCACUCGCUACUCCGUCCGCACAUUCCCCGUCUGAGUGCGCAGCACCAACCAAUUGAUCCCCCAAUUCUGCUGCGAGAUGGAUUCUUCAAGAUGGACAUCUUCGUCCAGCAGCCAGGACUUAUCGACGAGAUCGCUCGUGGGUUGGUGGCUACCCCAAUGGAGACCCUCGAUCAGUUCAUCACCGGCGAGGUCACAAAUCACCUAUUCGAAGACCGACGCAUUCCGUUCUCGGGAAUUGAUUUGGUGGCACUGAACAUACAACGGGCGCGUGAUCACGGAAUUCCAUCGUACAACAACUAUCGCGCCCUCUGCAAUCUGAAACGGGCCCAAACAUGGGACGAUCUUAGCCGAGAAAUGCCUCCCGAGGUGAUCUCCCGUCUGAAGCGUAUCUAUGCCAGUGUAGACGAUAUUGAUCUAUUCCCCGGUGGUAUGUCCGAAAGACCCUUGCAGGGUGGCCUCGUGGGUCCAACGUUUGCCUGCAUCAUUGCUAUCCAGUUCAGGCAGCUGAGGAAGUGCGAUCGUCAUUGGUAUGAAAACGAUGAUCCAGUUGUCAAGUUCACGGAGGCGCAGUUGGCAGAAAUCCGGAAGACCACGCUAUCCAAGAUAUUCUGCGAGAACCUCGAUAUCCAGGGUGAUAUGCAGCGAGCUGCCUUCGAUCUUCCCAGCAAUUUCCUGAAUCCACGAAUCCCAUGUAACUCAAUGCAACAGAUCGAUCUCAGUGCUUGGCGGGAGAACAUUGUCCAGGGCUGCCAUAUCGGAGGCAAACAGGUCAAUGUUGGUGAAUCGGCCUUCCCCUCACCGUGCACAAGCUGUAUUUGCACAAAUGAAGGCCCCCAGUGUGCAUCCCUCCGCAUCACCGACUGCGCCCAGCUGGCCCGCGAGUGGCCCCGGGAUGUGAUCCUGCGGGAUGACAUCUGUAGCGCCCAGUGCGGGCUGGUGCUGCAAAACGGUGCCCCCCAGGGACGUCAGCUCCCGCUGAACCUCAGAACGCCUCCCCAGCGAAUCGCUCGUUCGCGUACCAUCCAGCAGCAGACCUCCAGCCCGAUCAGCUUCCAGGGCUUCCAGUUUCCCGAUCUGACGCAGUUCAUCGGUUAAACGAACCUCAAAUGACUACGAUACUGUAGUGUUGUGUUGUAAAUAUUGAGCGGCCAUAUUACCAACUCUUUUUUUGUUUAUUCUGUUUUAUUUUCCUUCAAACUGCCUUUUUCGUUGCUUUGACGCGUUUCUCUCAAAGCGAUAGUUACAGCGAUCUACUUUAUAUUUUCUGUGUAAAUAUUAGAGUAGUGUAAGCGAAUGAAAUGGGAAAGAAUACCGAAAUUUUCACGUUCUUUAAUUUAUCUAUAAUAUUCCAUUUGAUUUUAACAAUGAAACAAAUUCUUGCAUGUGCUCAACGACGUGCGGCAUGUUAUGUAUAAACUUUAUCCCAAACCCAAAACAUGGGAAAAAUAUCUUGUUAACUCGUAGGUAGACGUAAAGAUGCAGACUUGCGAGAAGUCUAGUAAAAAAAAGCAGGCGGAAGAAAUGCAAUGGAAUAAAUGCGAACAAAACUAGUGAUAUAAACAUAUGUAACGAUAAGUGUUUAGGCAACCUUAGUUCAAACCAGAAAUUUUAAUAUUUUUAUGAAAAUAUCCAUACUAGAUUCUUACUAUCCUGUAGCAUAGCGUUCAAUGAAAAGUUGAUUAAUAAAGUGUAUUUAUAGAAAUUAAAAUAAUGCUCCGA